ACCAGCCCUGGGCUGCUCCAGGCAUUGAGGAGCGGGAUACUUGAACAAGGGGCCCAAGAGAGAGCGGCGGCAGGAAGCCGACUGGGGCCAUAGUGCUCCGCUGCCCCUCUGAGCGGAGACUGUGCCAGGGAAGGGGCUCUGCCAGCCAGGAUCAGGGUGGGACCCUACUGGGGGCAAGGGAGGGGAGCCCCUGGAGUUAACCCUGCUCAUAGAAGGGAGUUGGGUGUGAGCUGAGCAGCCUUUAGUCUACGCAGCAGACCCCCAGCUCCUACCAAGAGCCCAGUCUACUUGUGCCCAUCUAUCCUGGGCAAGGGCAGCCAUGGCCUGCUGGUGGGCUGGCUGGCUGCUCCUGCUGGUGGAGGCUUGGGGGGCCCACCUGGCGCAGGGGAUGCUGGAGCCCUGGGCCCAGGAGGCUCUGUGGCUGGGAAACACAUCCGCGUUCCAGGCCAGCAGCCUGCAGCGCCGCCUGCCUCAGGGGAUCAUCAUUGGGGUGCGGAAGGGGGGCACGCGGGCCCUGUUGGAGAUGCUGGCGCUGCACCCCCAGGUGGCCGCUGCCCGUGCCGAGGUGCACUUCUUCAACCGGGAGGAGAACUACCGCCGGGGGCUGGGCUGGUACCGCCAGCAGAUGCCCCUCUCGCACCCCGGCCAGCUCACCGUGGAGAAGACCCCAGGCUACUUCUCCUCCCCGCGGGCCCCCGAGCGCGUCCGCGCCAUGGACCCUGCCGUGCGGCUCCUGCUCAUCGUGCGGGACCCAGUGGAGCGGCUGGUGUCAGACUAUACCCAGAUCCUGCACAACCGCCGGGCACGGCGCAAGCCCUACCCGCCCCUAGAGCGGCUCCUGCUGCGGGGGGACCGGGGCCUCGACACCCGCUACAAGGCUAUCCAGCGCAGCCUCUAUGCCCUGCAACUGGCCCGCUGGCUGGCCGCCUUCCCCUCGGCCCACAUCCACGUGGUGGACGGGGGCGGCCUGAUCCGCGAGCCCCUGCCCGAGCUGCGCCGCGUGGAGCAGUUCCUGGGCCUGGCACCCAGCCUGGGCCCCAACAACUUCUACUUCAACCAGACCAAGGGCUUCUAUUGCCUGCGGGCUGGGGCCCGCCAGCGCUGCCUGGAUGAGUCCAAGGGGCGGCCCCACCCGCCCAUCACCGAGCAGCUGCUGGAGCAGCUCUGCACCUACUUCAGCGCCCACAACGAGCACUUCUUCAGCCUGGUGGGGCGCACGUUCAACUGGUGCUGAACUGGGCAGGGCCUGUGGGGCCAGACCCCCCCAGUGUGCCGAGCCCUGCGGGGACAGAGCCCCCUCCCCAGGGCAGAGGCUGUGAAAUGAGGGGAGGGGGAGUUGGUACCACAACAGGCUGGGCAGCUCUCCCUGCCCCCCCAGCUCAGAGGACUUAAGUGCUCAGAGCAGGCUGUGAGGGGGCUCCUGCUGGGGCUGUAUCCCCUGGACAUGAGAGGGUAGAUGGGAAAGGGGGUGGGAGAAACCAAUCAGGGCAGGAGUGGGUGGCUCCC